CUUUGACAAGAAUGGCAUCGCGACGUCGGGCGCGAUUUUAUAAAACGUCUUGAUUACACGUCCCGGCAAUAUUGAUUACAAAUUUGUGAAACGGUUAGCACUCAUAUCUAUAUAUCUGUAUACUUAUGAAUAUAUAAACCUGAGGGUUGCCGUUUGCCGCUGCUACAGAAGUGUCAUUUACUUAAUUGUUUUUAUUUUUACCGUGGUUAGUGUUUUUUUCCGAGUCAGUCACAAUGCAGUUCACCUUUCUCACAAAAAAUGCACGAUAUCUGUUCAUUACGUCGUUGGGAAUGGCGUUAGGAAUGGCAUCGUGCUUUAUAUAUUUUUUGGACCCGCUUAAAGUUCUGAUAAACAAGGUUACUUCUCUAUCACCCGGAUCGUUGGCAUUCUCUUUAUGGAGUAACCCCCCGUAUGACAUUUUUGCGAAAGCUUACAUCUACCAUGUCACAAAUGCAGAGGCGUUUUUGAGUGGAAAAGAAAAACUGCGAUUGGAAGAAAAGGGGCCUUAUGUAUACAAGGAAAGCAUCCACAACACACAACCGAAAUUCAACGAUAACGGAACACUGACAUUUAUUCCCGUUCGUUAUUUAGAAUUUAUUCCUGAACUUUCGGUCGCCGAUCCCAAAACUGAAAUGAUCGUGUGCCCCAAUAUACCACUGUUGGGAAUCACAGCUGCCUUACAAAAUUACUCGAUGUUUGUCAACUUAGCCGUGUCCUCCGUUAGUAGUUACUUAGGCUCUCCAUCAUUCGUUAAUACAUCAGUUCACGACUACCUUUUUGGAUACGACGACCCGUUGGUCAGUUUAGCGAAUAAGGUCGUUCCCAACUGGAUCGAUUUUCCCAGAUUUGGAAUCAUAGAUAGGCUCCUGGCUCUGGAUAACUCAUCAAACGUCAUUACCAUAAGCGUCGAUCCGUCAAAAAAAGUAUCAGAAAACACAUUGCUCACCCUUGAGGAAAGAACGCGGGCAUACGCCAUUCAACGUUGGAACGGGUCUCCUGGUUUAAAAGUGUGGGGCUACAAAGAACCUCAAGGCAACGAAACGGUUCAAGAAAAUUCCAGAUGCAACCUAGUUGAAGGCACAUUUGAAGGUCUUAUCUUUCCUCGUCAUUUAAAACGAAACACCACAUUUAAAUUAUACAGACGGGCCUUCUGUAGACCAGUUCCGUUCGUCUACGAAAGCGAAGGGUAUACCAACGAAGGUUUCCACAGUUAUACGUACACGGUUGCCGACAAUUUUCUUGCGAAAGGUUCCGAAAAUCCCGAAAAUCAAUGUUUUUGCCUCAACGGUAACUGCUUGCCGAGAGGCCUUGGUGACAUGACACCGUGCUAUUAUGACAUACCGAUCGUCAUGUCGCAGCCGCAUUUCUUAAACGCAGAUCCAUCUUUACUAGCAGACGUGGAUGGAUUGUCCCCGGACGAAGAGAAGCACAACACGAAAUUCAUAAUCCAUCCCGAAAUGGGUCUACCGUUGAAGGCGAAUAUGAAAAUUCAGAUAAACCUUAGGAUGACAGACACGAAAUAUAACCACAAAACACGUCCUUUUAACAAUCUCACCUUACCGUUGUUUUGGGUGGAACUUAACGCCAACGAGAUCCCUUCGAGCAUUUACUUGUACUUAACCUUACUUUACCACGUGUUGCCCGUUGUUCAAGAGGUUAUGAUGUACGUAUUCGCGCUUUCUUCUAUUAUAAUUGUGUCGUCAACAGCAUAUAAAUUUCUAUUCGCCGUUUCGAACCCACAAGACACGCGCAGGCCCAAGAUAAACUACAGAAUCGUGCCCUUGACCAAGGACGACUUACUAUGUCCAGAUGAGAUAAUGAUACGAAAAUAGACAUGCAUCACAAAAUUAGAUUAAAUGCCAGUGAGAAGUGAUAAUUGUAUAAUUAUUGAGGAACAGACUGAUUUUUUUCAAUUGUAAAUAUGUAGGGAUUAUUAGGUUAAGUAGUGUUGAAUAAAUUAUUUUUAUAUAAAUGAAAAUCACUUUA